AUGAGUGCCAAGCAAAUACAAAGAGGUUCUGAAGAAGAGUUACUUGAAUCUGAAGAAAAUUUAAAAGAAAAAGUAAACGAAGAGGAACAUGAAGAGGAAGAAGAAGAAGAGGAAGAAGAAGAAGAAAACGCUGCUGUCCCAAUAAGAAAACUUAUUGGAAUAGCUGGAAUUACUGAAGGUGAUUGUAAAAAAUUAGAAGAAGCAGGAUUUUUCACUGUUCAGUCAAUUGCUUUUACACCAAAGAAACAGUUAAUUACAAUAAAAGGAAUUAGUGAUGCUAAAGCUGAUAAAUUACUUGCUGAAUCAUCUAAAAUAGUUCCAUUAGCAUUCACUAAUGCAGCUGAAUUAAAUAAUUUAAGAAAAGAAACUAUUCGAAUUACUACAGGAUCAAGAGAAUUGGAUAAAUUAUUAUGUGGAGGAUUUGAGACUGGAAGUAUUACGGAAUUAUUUGGAGAAUUCCGAACUGGAAAAACACAACUAUGUCAUCAAUUAUGUGUCACUUGUCAAUUAGGAAUAGAAAAUGGAGGCACAGAAGGAAGAGCUAUUUACAUAGAUACAGAAGGCACAUUUAGACCAGAGAGACUAACACAAAUUGCAGAAAAAUAUGGAUUAAAUUCAGAAGAAGCAUUAAAUAAUGUAGCUGUAGCACGAGCACAUAACACAGAACAUCAAAUGCAAUUAUUACAAAUGGCUAGUGGAUUAAUGGCUAAAGAAAGAUAUGGACUAUUAAUUAUUGAUUCUGCAACAGCAUUAUAUAGAACUGAUUAUAGUGGAAGAGGAGAAUUAGCUUCAAGGCAAAUGCAUUUAGCUAAAUUUUUGAGGGCAUUACAAAGGAUUGCGGAUGAAUUUUCUGUUGCUGUAGUAUUAACUAAUCAAGUUGUAGCACAAGUCGAUGGUCAAGCAAGUAUGUUUGGAGGAGAUACUAAAAAACCUGUUGGAGGGAAUAUUAUUGCACACGCAAGUACUACCAGAUUAUAUUUAAGAAAAGGAAAAGGAGAAGCACGUAUUUGUAAGGUUUAUGAUUCACCAUGUCUUCCAGAAAGUGAAGCGUCAUUUGCUAUUACUACUAAUGGGAUUGAAGAUGUUAAAGAUGAUUAA